GCCAAUGACAGCGGUUGUUCCAGGUCCUGUUGGGUUUCUGGGAAGCAGGCAGCCGGGGCGGCAGGGUGAGAAGCGACGGGCGGGGCUGGAAGUAGCCGGCUGCCGCUGGGAGCAUCCGACGCGGGGGACGUUCAGGCUCAGCGGGGCUAGCGGCAGCACAACGGUCAUAAUGGUAUCCAUCCCUGAAUACUAUGAAGGAAAGAAUGUCCUCCUCACAGGAGCUACUGGCUUCAUGGGAAAGGUGCUUCUGGAAAAGCUACUGAGGUCCUGCCCUAAAGUGAAAGCAGUUUAUAUAUUGGUGAGACAUAAAGCAGGACAGACGCCUCAAGAACGAAUGGAAGAAAUGAUCAGCUGUAAGCUCUUUGACAGGUUAAGAGAUGAACAGCCCGAAUUUAAAGAGAAAAUAAUAGCAGUUCCUAGUGAACUUACGCAGUCUGAACUGGACCUUAGUGAGCAGGACAAAGAAAAGCUCAUAGACUGCAUUAAUAUUGUAUUCCAUUGUGCUGCUACAGUCAGAUUCAAUGAAACACUGAGAGAUGCUGUUCAGUUAAAUGUGAUUGCCACACAACAGCUCGUCAUCUUGGCCCAGCGAAUGAAGAAUUUGGAGGUGUUCAUGCAUGUUUCAACAGCAUAUGCUUAUUGCAAUCGAAAGCACAUUGAAGAAAUCAUAUAUCCACCCCCUGUUGAUCCCAAGAAACUGAUAGGUUCUUUAGAGUGGAUGGAUGAUGGUCUAGUGAAUGACAUUACUCCAAAACUGAUAGGAGACAGACCUAAUACUUACACAUAUACAAAAGCCUUAGCAGAAUAUGUUGUGCAGCAGGAAGGUGCAAAAUUAAACAUAGCCAUUAUACGGCCGUCAAUUGUUGGUGCCAGCUGGAAGGAGCCUUUCCCUGGAUGGAUUGAUAACUUUAAUGGGCCCAGUGGUCUUUUUAUUGCGGCAGGAAAAGGAAUUCUUCGAACAAUGAGAGCCUCCAACAGUGCAGUUGCAGAUCUUGUUCCAGUAGAUGUAGUUGUCAACACAACACUGGCUGCAGCUUGGUAUUCUGGAGUUAAUAGGUAUAGCAGACCAAGAAACAUCAUGGUGUACAAUUGCACAACAGGUGGCACCAAUCCUUUCCACUGGGGUGAAGUUGCUGAAGUUCCUGUUGACCUCAAAUACCAUGUAAUUUCCACUUUCAAGAGGAAUCCUCUCGAACAGGCCUUCAGACGGCCCAAUGUAAAUCUAACCUCCAAUCACCUUUUAUAUCAUUACUGGAUUGCUGUAAGCCAUAAGGCCCCAGCAUUCCUGUAUGAUAUCUACCUCAGGAUUACUGGAAGAAGCCCAAGAUUUUGCUUGCUUAUUAAGGUCGAGUCAUCUCUAACUAAGAAGAGAUCCUUGAAUUCAAGACUUUUUCACUCCCUGCCAGUAAUGAGAAUGCAUUGUUUGGAGUAUUACCUAAAUUUGAGUUUCAAGAUGAAUCCUUUAGAACAAGCACUAAGGCGCCCCAAUGUUAAUAUCCGUUCCAACCCCCUUUUGCAUCAGUAUUGGACUGCGGUCAGCCAUAUACUACCUGCAUUAUUGCACGAUGUUGUUCUCAGGUUGACAGGUCAGAAACCGUGGAUGAUGAAAACAAUAACCCGUCUUCACAAGGCCAUGAUGUUAAUAGAAUACUUUACAAGCAAUUCUUGGAUUUGGAACACUGAGAAUGUCAAUAUGCUAAUGAACCAACUAAGCCCUGAAGACAAAAAGGUGUUUAAUUUUGAUGUUCGACAGUUACACUGGGCAGAGUACAUGGAGAACUACUGUAUGGGAACUAAGAAAUAUGUACUGAAUGAGGAAAUGUCUGGUCUCCCUGCAGCUAGGAAACACUUGAAGAAGUUAAGGAACAUACGUUAUGGCUUCAAUACAGUCCUUGUGAUCCUGAUCUGGCGUAUCUUUAUUGCAAGAUCACAAAUGGCGAGAAACAUCUGGUACUUCGUGGUUAGUCUGUGUUACAAGUUCCUCUCCUACUUUAGAGCAUCCAGUACUAUGAGAUACUGAAGAGAAGAAUUUUAGCAUUAGGACAUCUAUGCAUAUGGUGGUCUAACUGCACAAAGCCUGUAAAAUGUACUUAGUCAUCUCAUCUUUUGUAAAAACAUGAAAUCAUCUUAGACCUGGAGUGUGAAAUAUACAGUACAGUAUAUGUAAUGUUUAAUUGUGUAUUCCAUGAAAACUUAGAGAAUAAAACAGUUGAAUACUGGAUCAAAUUGACAUUAGACAAAUGUGUUAGCAUUACAAACAAAAAUUUAUCCACAGCAAGUUUAACUCUUUGGCCUGGGCAGAAACAUUUGGAUUAUUGACCAAUAUAACUGUGCAAUUCUGGAAUGCAUUUGAUUGAAAUCUGCCUUAACAAUUAACUUCUGGUUUUAAUAUUUACUGUAAAUAGGCACAUUCAGUAAGAACAAAAUAUUGACUCAGUUUGUAGACCUAUUUAUUUGAGACUCUUCUAGAUUAGUGACUUUUGUGCCCUUACAAGCCCAUAUGAGUGACCGUGGAUCUUUGUAAAUUACUGAUAGCUCCUUAUGUUGUUCUGUUCUUGACUUUUAUCACCUUUCCCUCACUUCCUUCCUCAAAGAUGGUAAGGAUAUGAUGAAGACUCCUUCAUUAAAAGAAAUGCAUCUCUCUUAAUUGAAAGGCUAGUUGUCUGAUCUAGUCUUCAAAAUGCACACACUGAUUAUUUCUGCCCUUAUACACUGUCAUGAAACUCCCAUUAAAGUUAGUGAGAACCAUUUGCGUGUCUGAAAGCAAAAUCAAUCCUUGUAUUGAAAAAAGAAAUAAAAGAAAAGGAACAAUAACCGUGAAAAGAACAGAAAUGCAAGCUGUUGAAUUUCUUCGCCCUAGAUGAUGGCUAGAUCAGGAACACAGAGACAAUAAUUACACACCUAGUUCAAGAAUAACCUCUCCUAGAGGAAUUUCCAUAGUCUUUGCUACUAUUUAUAUUAUUCAUAGAAUAUAUUUUAAGUUCUGGUUGGCUAAAACAAAUUGUAUAUUCUCAGUCAAUAAUGGUUUAGCAAGGUAUGCUAUCUCCCAUAAUCAUAAUCCCAACAAAAUUAUCUUACUAGGUGAAGGAUUGAAGUUAACAUACUUGCAAGAAACACAUUAAAUAAUGAUCCAACACAAACCUGCAUUUCACUGGGGAGGUAGGGAGAAGAGGAAUCCUACACAUCUUAAAUAAAUUAAGAAUUUUUUUUAAGUUUACAAUAUUUAGUAGCAAACUCUUGGCUAAAAUUGAAGAAAUCUAUUUUUCUGCAUGUCUAUUUUGUUUUAGCAGGAGAAAUACGUAUUGACUAACUGCAAGAAACAGCUGAAUUCUAUUUUGAUGUAACACUUAAUGAAUUUCCCUUUAUAUCUCAAUUGCCUACAGUUCUAUUUUAAAACAUUUUUAACAUUGCUUUUAUUUGACACACUGACCUGCACACCUACAUGAUAUGUUCUCAUUAAAAUGAUCAGUUUAUGCUGUACUUAAAUCCAGUAUGUGUUUUUGAAUAUGCCUGGAAAGGGAAAUUUUGAAUUAAUCAUACAAAAAUUACAUACAUAUAUGCAUAUUUGUUUUCUUUUCCCAUUUGAAGUAAAUGUGCAAUGAGCUUAUUUUGCUGUUCUUGUGGAAAGCUAACUUGAAAGGAAAACACUUUAUUUCACGUGGGUGUAUAUCUAAUUUUGGAAAGAGAACAGCUUCCUUUGUUGAAGCUAAAUACUCUGUAGUAAGUACUUAAAACCUUGCCUCCUUUUAAAGAUUCUUGUGUGUAUAUUCUUUACAGUGAUACAAAACUAUAAUGGUUUAGGACCAUACCAUGAAGUGUGAGAGACCUCUGACAAUGGUUGAAACUACAAUAAAUUCUGGCUUUUGUGAUUCAGAGUGUUACACUUAACUGUAAUAUUCCUAAUGUAUUUGUCAUAGCUGCCUCCCUGUGCAUCUUCAGUUGUUGGAUUUGAAAAUAUACUGUUAAUGAAAUGUAGAUUUUCUGCAGAAAGUGCCUGGAAUCUAAUGAACCACCUUUUCUGGUCUUGGUAUGUGGGUGAACUUGGAGAGAGGCCGAAAUAUAUCAAGAUUGUGAAAUUAAUAGUUAAACAAAUUUUUCUCUCUGUAACAAUAACUUGUUUUUUACAUAAUUCUUUUAAACUGAGCAACUGAGAACUAUGAAGCCACUGAAUUGAUUUUUCUUGUCCAUAGCACUCUUUAAGGAAUCUCUGCUAUUGAAUGAAUAAAUGAUUGAAGUAAUUGCAUCAUUUUGAGCAUAAGAAUCUCUAAUCUUUCCCAUGUAAACUUAACCAUUUAAAAACCCCAGGCUUUUCUUUAUAAUUGAGACUAUGGUUAGCUGUGGAUUACUAUUUUUGUUUCAUACACAAACUCAUCAGUCACCUUGUUUAAUUCAUGAUAGUGACUUAUCACAUUAAGUACAUUUAUUCUGUCAUUCCACAUGAAUCAGCCAUUAAAAUUUUAUCUGAAGGCACUUUUUUUCCCAUACAGGACACUAUAUUUUUGCUUUUUUUUUCUCGUAUUAAUGUUUGCAGUUUUCUGUUUCCAGAACUAUAAAUAUUAAUCAGAACAUACUGGAUCUAUAUUUUGAUACCGUAAGGUUAACGUGUCCUGUAACUCACUAAAUAACAGUGAAAUUUGACAUGUUAAGUAGGAGGAAGAGCAGUGUGAAAACUGAUGGUCAUUAAACGGGUAUACCGGUAUUUAAAAUAUGGGACCAAGGGAAAAGUGCUUUUUUCCUAUAAUGGGAUUUUCUGCCAUAGGAACAGAUACUCUAAAAGAAAUGUUAAAUCUGUAAGCUUUUAUAAGACAUCAAUAGAAACAUCGGGUGCCUUUGUUUGUAAACCAAAAAUAAACAAAUCCCUUAAA